AUGAAGGUAACAUGGUCAUUUCAGGCACAUUACUUUCUCAUUCUCCUGCCACAUUUUAUCAAAGCCCAGCCAGAAAUCACCAUUAAGAACAAGAAAACUGUCUAUGCCACAUCUGGCAGCAAUGUGACCCUUCAGUGCUGCAUUCUGAAACGAGAUGGGAUAUAUGUUACACAAACUCAGUGGUCAAAAGUAGAUAACACUCCGCCAUCCAGGAUAGCUGUAUAUAAUCCUGUAUAUGGUGUUGAAUACUUGCAUUUUGCUACAAUGGGAUAUAGCCAUUCUGUAGACUUCAGUCAACAAUGCCACCAUUACCAGCCAGACCUGAACAGAACUUCCAGUCACAGUGAUUUCACAGCAAACUACACAGAAUGCAACCAAUGGAGUUUACAGCUGAAUAAUGUUACUUUGGAACUGACAGGACAGUAUGAAUGCAGCUUUGCUACCUAUCCAGCUGGAAUAAGAAGCUCAGAAAUUAACCUCAUUAUUAAGAAGCAUGAUGAGAAAAGUUCUGUGGUAGAAAUAUUAUUGAAUCAGACGCUGGAAAUUCCAUGCUUUAAAGGCAUGAAUUCUUCAAUCCUGGCAAAUGCUACUUUGAAGUGGCUAGUGCAGAAAGAAAUCGGAAACGAAGAGAUUAUUCUAACCAAACAGCCCUUUCAUCAUCCUGGAUAUAGAACCAAUCACACAAUAUAUAAGGAAAGAAUUCAUGUGGGUCCAGAGAACACAUUAAGGAUUUCACCUGUCUCCAUUCUUGAUGAUGGCAAGAAAUUUAUCUGUUCUCUCACUUACCACCCUGGAAUGAAGAGCAUCACUGAAGUGAAAGUAUUUGUGAAACCAGAAAUCUCUAUUGUCCCCCACAAAAGUGUAACAGGAAAGGCUGCUCUUACUUGUGUUGUAAGAAAGGCAUUUCCCAAGCCAAACCUCCUGUGGUACAUGGACAGAAAGAUUCUGAAGAACAAACCUGAAGGGAUGUUUUUUGCAAAUGAAGAUAUAAAAGAUGAAGAAGGUUUUUAUGAAAUGAGAUCACUAUUGAUAAUAUCGGAUCCAUCUCAGCCACCCAUUCCUCAGAUUUUCAGAUGCAUGGCUGUGUACCCUGUCCCAGGAAAUGAACUGCGGAAUGUUUCAUCUGGAGAAAUAUAUCUUCCUCCUGGGUUUCAGACUACAUCUUUGGCAUCCCCAGAAACCAUUACUCAAGUCACUCCAGUUUCGGAUUCCCCCAGAGGAAGACACUUGCCUACUACUACAAACCUGCAAGAGAUCACCAUUACGAACAUCUCCAGUUACACCACAGUGCCACCAAGACUGCUGGAUUCCAGCACUGUAGCCUCAAAGGCCUCUGUACAUAUCACCCACCAUCGGAUCUUAACACUACCAGGAUACAAUCUACCUACCAAAAGAGUGACUGACCUGACCUCACAGACUAUCCCUAGCUCUUCACCCAGUGUAAAGGGUGGGUUUAAUCUUACUGACCAUCUAUCUACAAAAAAAGUGACUGAACUGACCUCAUUGACUAGCCCUGGCUCUUCGCCCACGACAAAGGUUGCAUUUGAUAUUACUGACAGUCUGUCUGCCAGAGGAGUGACUGAACAAGCCUCAUUAAGUAGAACUGGUAAUUUCUCCACCGUAAAGGAUGGGCUUAAUAUUACUGGUGCCACAACAAGGCCAGGACCCCAACGUUUCUCCUGGCCAGCAUUUGUAGCAGCAUUACUUCUCAUCUGCAGUUUCUUAAUAGUUUUGGGAAUCAGAAAAUGGUGCCAUUAUCAAAAAGAGAUUAUGAACAGACCACCAUCUUUCAAGCCACCGCCUCCUCCAAUUAAGUACACUUCUAUGCAAGAAACUGAUGGAGCUUAUCUAUCCUGCCAUGAACUGGAAAAUUUGUAAUGGGCCUGAAGUGCUCCAGCAGGAUAAUGGCUUCUUCUAUUGUUUUCAAAAUGAAUUGCAAGAGUUCACUGGUGGUGACCCAGAUUCCAAUUGUGACUAUCUAAUCUCACAUUAAUGACAAGAGCACAAUAUUCCCUAAGUACUCUUACCCAGUGCAAUUUACCUUUGUGCAUUCAAUUA